CCACGAUAAACGUGCCUUUCGCUCGCCGCGCGGUCGCGGGACGCCCGUCGACGUGCAUCGACCGUUCCAGCGAUUUGCAGCAGCGAUUCCGAUCGCGACUGCCGCGAGACGGGCGAGAUCGCCGGUCGCGUUGCUCCGUGGACCGGGACGUACAUGUUGUAUGUCGCGUCUCGAGUUUCAAGCGAAUCCGCGCCAACGCCACCAGAAUCGUCGCGAGUGCUUUUCGACCGAGUGCAGGGACGUUCGAUCUCGAGGAGGAAGAAAAGGAAGGAGAGAAACACGAAACGCGGCGAAUACUCGCGUGAUCGAUAUGUCGCGGCGAUCCAGGCACGUCUGCACGCUCGGUCAGCGCGUUAUCACGAGGAGAGGAAUCACCUGCGGGUUGACGGUGUAAAUGAUGCGUAUGACGCACAAUUUUCUUUGAAAAUAUGCAAUAUAUUUUAAGUAAGAAUGGAAACGGAUACAUUCUACGUUGCAUCCAUGCAGAAUAGAGCUAAAUAAGCUUUAUUAAUUAGUUACUUGUCUUUGACGCUCCUUGUGCACAAGUCGACGACUGAUACUUCAAAAUGCAUACUUCGAAAUAUGCUGGAUAUCAUAUUAACGGAAAUCGUGAUUACAUUACAGAUGGUGAAGAGAGCCAUAAAGCUCCUUCGGACCGCACCGUGUCUGAGUAUAUCGUUGCUAACGAGCAUACCACUAUGGUAAAACCUACAAGAAAGAAUCCCACGGACAAGUAUGACAGAGAAGAAGACAGAAGAUCCAGAAGUGCGCAUAACACUCGCGAUUCGGUCCUGUCCGGAUCUUCGAAGCAUAGUUUGCAUCCGCUUCGCAAAAGUGCCUCGCAUGGCAGUAUUUGUGACAAUGGUUCAGAUAUAUAUGUCACCAGUGCUGCAUAUAGAGCUACUUCCGACAUAAGUCGGGUAUCACGCCGUAGUCUCGCACCAAGCUCCAGAUUGGACCACAGAGCGCCUAGUCAUUAUAGCUACGGUUCCGGCAGGUCAGGCACUUCGACAGUGAAAACUCGUACGUCACGAAAAGGCGGUAUUAUCGUGGAAACUAUGUCAACGCCUAAUCCAUUCUGCCCAAACACUAAGGGCGUUUGCUGCCUCAUGUUACUUCUCAAUCUUGGCUUGAUUCUAGUUACUUUAGGUUUCGUUAUCGUCAUACAAUUUUUCCAGCCGUUAGUCGUUUGGAUCUUGGGAAUAGUAUUUCUUGUGUUUGGAUUUUUGACACUGAUCGGUAGUCUCGUGUAUUGCGUACAUGUGUUCAAAAAUGCCAGACAUCCACACGAUAUUAAUCCAGAAGAUCUAUACUGGACUCAUUACUGGCAAGGUCGUGUUGGUUCUACAGCACCUGAAGUUUAUUAUAAAGCCGAAGACAAAUACCAGGAUGAUGGCUAUAGCGAUCGAUACAGUAAAUACUCGGGAAAGUAUUAUGACAGGCAAAAUCAAAGAUAUUGAUUGGAAUAUAAAGAAUAGUAUCGAUCAUUAAUUAAAGUACCAAUUCACACACAUUCUACCAACUCGUAAGAGAUUUGGAAAAACCAAUGACGAAUAAAAAACUAAUCUCAGUGCAAUAAAAUAUACUUAUAUGGACUCUUGUGCAUAGAUAUUGUA